CUCCAGCGUCAGACUUGCUUCAACCAGCAUACGUACAUUUGACUUGAGCGCAAGCUUGCGUUAGGCGUGCAACACUCGUCCCCCUUGAGAGGAUGCCGAGCGCCUUUACCAACUCGUCUAUGAUGAUGAUUGAAUAAUGAAUCAUGUUUAAAAUGGAGCACACUAGCAUAUAGACGCCCUGAAGUGACCGCUGCAAACUCUAGGGUCAUUUCGCGUUCUUACUGUUUCUUUAACCGCGGAUCUAGUAGAGCGUAGAUGCAGUGGCUGCCUUGCUCAGCAGCCAGCCAUGAUGCUGGCGUCACGACAGCGCGCUUCGGACACAGCGCGGUGACCAUCUCGGGCGCGGGUAGCGUGUGGGGCACCGACCUUGUCGUGGUCUUUGGCGGCGUCAGCUACAGCGAUGGCGAAGCGUCUCUGGAGCACCACGCCGCUCUGUCCGAUGUGGUGGUGCUGCAGUCGGAACUGCAGGAGCAGGGAAUGUGGUUCGCGCCGCAGUGCACGGGUGUUGCAGAUGACCACGGCGGCGAGCCGGCGGUCCCGGACGCCCGCGCCUUCCAUGCCGCCGCCGCCGUGGACCGGCGCAUGUACGUGUUCGGCGGCCACGUGCUUUCCUUCGACGCCGACCAGAACAAGAAGCGCCGCCGCUUCUUUAACGACCUGUGGUGCCUGGACACGGACACCUGGACCUGGCAGCGCCUGGACCCGGGCCCCGGCCCCGGCGCGCUGCCGGGCUCGGCGCCGGAGCAGCCGCCGCGGCGCGACAUGGCCAGCCUCACGCGCGCCGGCGCCGACUGCCUGGUGCUGUUCGGCGGGCGGCUGGAGAGCGGGCGCGUGGCGGGCGACGCCUGGGUGCUGGACCUGCAGACCCACACAUGGAGCCAGCUGCGCAUCCCGGGACCCACGCCGCCGCCCCGCAAGAUGCACGCCGCCGUGUUUGCCACCAACCGGGUGGUCAUCUUCGGCGGCGAGCGGGACGCGGGCGUGCUGGACGACCUGUGGACGCUCAAGGGCGUGGACGGCAGCGAGCCCGCCAAGUGGACGCAGAUACGGCUGAGGCCGGCGCCCAGCGGCCGCUUCGGACACGCCAUGGCCGCCUGCGGCAGCCGCCUGGCCGUGUUCGGCGGCUGCCUGGACCAGUCCUCACUGCUGUCCUUCAGCCGCAACUACGUGCAGUGCAACGAGCUGUGGGUGUUGGACAUGGCCACAUUCAGCUGGCACCGCGUGGAGCCCCCGGACGGUGUGGCUGCUGUGAGCGGCGCGGCGCUGGACGACCCGCAGCUGCACCACCACCUGGACAUGCAGCAGCAGCAGGCGCCGGGGGCCAGCCCGCCGCUGCUGCUGCUGCCUGUGGAGCGCAUGUGCCACAGCCUGGUCGGCGGCGGCGCGGGCGAGGGCCGCCUGCUGCUGGUGGGCGGCCGCAAGCGGGACGGCAUAUGCGCCGAGUCCUGGUGGCUCAACAUGGGUCCCGACAACCUCACCCCCGCCCUGACGGUGCCGCCGCCGGCCACGGUGGUGGCUGCGCUCAAGAGCGGACUGCACGCCCCGCCCCGCGGCGCACCCAUUUCGCCCGCCGCAGGCGCCGCACCCGGCCACGCCAGCGCAUCACCUGCGCCAGGCAGCGCCGCCGCCUCCGCCGCGUCAGCAGCUGCGGCGUCAUCGCCGGCUCAGCCUCUGCCGUCGCCCGCGGGCGGCGCCAGCUCCACCUCCCUCCUGCAAAACCUGUUGCGCAAGGGCGGCGCCACGCCUGCCCCUGUGCCGCCCAGCCCUGCAGCGGCCGCCCAGGCCGCAGGGGCAACGCCUGCUGCCCACACGAGCGCCGCGCCCGCACCCGGCGCGACGGCGCACGCCCCGCCGCCGCCGUCCCACAGCUGGGGCCGCGGCUCCGUCAGCAUGUCUGGCAAUACAGCGGGAGUGGGCAGCAGCAGCGGCCUCGGCAACAGUGCCUCCGGCGCUGCGCUGGACGCAGCUUCCACCAGUGCCUUCAUCCUGCCAGGCCAGCAGCAGCAGGAGCCGCUGCACAUGGCGGGAUCCAAGUCCGCCGGCUCGCUUGUGGAUCCCGCGCCUGCACCCGGCGUGUCCGGAUCCGGAUUGAUGCUGCCGGCCGGCCUGGGCAGCCCCGGCGGCGCGGCGUCGCUGCUGGCAGCGACAUCCGCGAAGGAGCGGAUAACGGACAAAGCCUCAACCGCCCUGAACCGCCUGACAACUAAAGUGUCAAAUCUCCUGACGCCUACCAAGGACGCAGCUGGAAGCCCCGGAGCCGGGGGCGGGGGGCUGUCAAGCGCUGGGUCUUUGUCAACGUCGCCGGCGGCGGGCGGCGGCAUGAGCUUGCUGUCACGUCUGCGCCAGAGCUCAUCCGGGCAGGCGGGACUGCUGACGCCGCAGCCAGCACCGCACCCCGCUCCAGGAGCGCCCCCGCCUCCCCCGCCGCCACCGCCGGUUCCAUACACGGCAUACGCCCGCCCCACGUCCUCCGGCAGCGGCGGCGGCGGCAAUGCCACGUCACCCCCAACCCCGGGGCCUCUGGAGCAGCUGCGCGGCCGCCUGGGCCUGACGGCCUCGGCCUCGGCCGCUGCCGCCGGCCAGCUGCACGCACACACGCUGCCCGACCCGCAGCCCGCCCUGGCGGCGCUGGGGAUGCAGCUGGCGGCGGCGGAUGGCCGCCGCCGUAGCAGCGGAAGUGGCGGCGGCGUGGGCAGCGGCAGCGGGGGUGCUGGGGCGUCGUACUCGUCAGCGGCGGCUUCGCCUGCGGCAGCGGUGGCGCGGGCGCGGCGGCACCUGGCGUGUUGCGCGGCGGAGCAGUUGCGUGUGGACCAGCUGCAGGUGCUGUUGGCCGACUGCCAGCUGCUGCUCAAGCAGCGCACCGCCUCCGCCUGGUCGGGCCUGGAGGAGGAGAGCCGCCGCCAGCAGCAGGCGGGCGGCGCCGGGCCCGACCUGGGCGUGCUGGCCGCCUACGUGUCCUCCUGCUCCCACCGCCUCACCAGCCUGCGGCCUGAGGAGCUCCGGCUGGGGGACGUGGGCGAGCUGCUGGAGGCGUAUCGGAGCCUGGUGCUGUCGGGGGCGCUGGAGGCGGAGGCGGGAGCGGGAGGCUCGGGAGGAGGGGCAGGAGGGGCAGCAGACGGGCUAGGGCUGGGGGUGGAGCUGGGGCUGGGGCUGGGGCUGGGGGCCGGGAUGGAGGUGACGAGCCGCUGAGUGUGUUGAUGUGAGUGUGCGAGUGUAUGGGGGAGGUAUGGUUGUGCGGGUGCUACUUGGCGCGGCUCAGGCGGGAGGGUGUACGUAAGCAGGUACCCUGGAUGAGGUCCUGGUUGCUGUUGAGGUGAUGCAUGCGGUGGUGGGUGGUGGAGGCGGGGCGUGGACGUGGGCAUGGUUUGUGGUUACAAACAGCUCAGUGCAAGGCUCAGUGCACCUUCUGUGGGGAGUUUCGGCAUGGUGCCGUACAAGUGCACCAUGUACGCCGACCAAUGCAGUAGGCCCGUCGCGUGGGCCCUCAAUUGUCAACACACGGCAUUUGUCUUUGCCGCGUCAUUCCGUU